CGCUAUUGGUAUUGAGUAAUGAGUAAACAAUUUAAGUGCAUUUAUAAAACAACAAGAAAUGAGGUAUUUAUUUUCGACAAUUUGCAUAUUGGAUUGGUAGCAGUGAGUGAUGUACUAUUCAUCAGUCACAGCUGAGUUAAGCUGUCGACGAACGUAAACGACGAUCAAACGAAUAAACGAACUUAAGUCAACUGUUGCUCUUAUUUAGCAACUUUUCUUAAAUAAAGAUAUAUCUACAAAGAAAUAAAAUGUCUUCGGGCUUGUCAUCUCGUCUGAAACAUCCUAAAAAACAUGAACUUGUGAAGUCACACAGUCAGGCUCAAAUUUUGGCUAACAAGUUAAGACAGGAUGGAGUUAUGUCCACUGUUGAAGAUGUUCUUCAAGCAGUGGAUCAGGUAGCAGCACUCCUAGCAUCGAAUGUUGUAGACAACAAUAUUUCCUACAAGGAUAGUGUGAUAAAUUUAUGUCAACAUCUGAAGGUAUAUGGAGCAUAUCUGGAAAUUCUAUAUAAAGAACAGCUGGAUCAUGCUUUUAAAAUAUUUAGAGACAAAGCCCAAGAUGAUCUACGAGUUGAUAUGCUUUCUCGACUACAUUUGUUAGAAUUAAUCGAGUUACGAGCAAAAGGUUGGAAAGGUACCGAUGGUAUGAAUUUGUAUUACAGAAAAAAAUUGAACCAGUGUGGCAACUUACAGAUUGAAAUGUCUGAUUCAGUAUCCAGUUUGAACGAAUCUCUCAGUUCUAUGAUAAUGUCCUCAUCACCUCCUCUUCUUGGCCCAGGAGAAAUUAUUAAACCAUCUGGAAAGUUUAGCAAACCAACAAGAAUACCUGGUAAAAAAUAUUGUAAAGAUGAAGUGGUUAUACGUAAUGCUGACUCCGGAAAAGUUAUGGGAAUCAAAGGAAGGAGAGUUCAUAUGAUAGAAGAACUAAGUGAAACGAUAAUUUCAUUCCAAAGAGUAAAUCCUGGAGCAAAAGAGAGACUUGUUCAAAUAACUGGUGCCAAUGAAGAAAGUAUCAAUCAUGCGAAACAGUUAAUUGAGGAUACCAUAAGAAGAAAUGCAUCUCCUGUAAGAGAUCACGUUGUAACAGUGGGUGGAGGUCCUCUUACUGGUUCUAGUUCCAGUAUAAAUUCCUCUGCUUCUGACGAUAGUGCUCUACCUUCCUCAGCUAGAGCAUCAAGAGCUCUAAUGCAUAGCCUCAGCACAAAUGAUGCAAAUAUUGGAGAAUAUAAAUAUACUGUUAUAACAAAUGGACACACAAUUAAAAUAACUGGAGAUAACCUUGAUCUAGUAAGGACUAGUAAACUAGUUCUUGAUGAGUAUUUCUCUGGAGAACCAAUUCAUGAUGUUACACAAUUUUAUAGUUUCGACAGUUUGCCACAACCUAUUAUAACAGACGAUAUACCCUCUGCACCCCUCUCACCGCCAGAAUCUAUACCAUCCCCAGAAAUUUUAACAAAUGGAGAAAGUGAGGAAACAGAUAAUUUAAAAUUAAGGAAACCUCGACUAUCCAUUGAAGAAAUUAUUAAGGGGAAAACUUCUAUUGAGGAGGAAAUACCGCCUAAAACAAAUUUGGCUUAUUCAAUUGAAUUCCUAGCACAUUUAGCUAUGUCUCCAUUUUGUUUGGUUCAACCAAGUGAAUGGGAGAGAAUCUCUGAAGAAUAUCCUAUGCUUAUUAGAAAUGUCAUUGAACGUUUUGACGCGAAACAUUAUCUUUCUGUAAGAACUACAGGUGAUCAUACUUCGGUGUUAAGCGCGGAGGAAGCUGAUGCAAAUGAAAUUUGAUAUAUUUAUGACUGUUGAUCUGACUGAACAUACACUUUAAAGGUGUUAUUCCGAUGUUAAAGAAUCUUUGUUAUAUUUGGUAUAACAAAAGCAAUAAUUACGUUUUAUAAGAAUCUUAAUAAAAAUCAAUAUUAAUUAAUUGUAAUACAAUAACUGAUUAUAAUUAUAUUUCUUUGCGACUCAAAAUAAGUAUUAUAUGACAUGCUUUUUUGGAUCUUUUAGAAGAAAUUUGUGUGUGAUAUUACUAUUCUCACUAGGAUUUAAGCAUACAUUUAGUAUAAACUUAACAAAAUUAUUUUAUGUAAAGCAUGUCAUAUUCGCUGUUUUAAUUAAAUUUUUAUGUAACUUGAUGAAGUCCUCAAUGUAGCAGUAUAUAUAUAUUUAUUUGUAUAGAUUAUAAUUUAAAAUAUUUAUUUAUUCAUGUACUGAACUUUGUUAUACUUAAAACUGGCAGUUUUGAUAGUUAUCAAAAAAAGCUUUAAUGAUCUGCAACACUAAACAUUUUAGUGUAGAACUGUUCUGUUAAUUUUAUUUUUGAGUGAAGAUUUUGCGCUUGAAUAACUAAUUACUUUAAUCAUAGAUGCAUUUUUAAUUUAAAAUGUAUAAUUCUAUGGGAAAAAAGUUAGAAAAUGCUCACCAAUAUAAAAGCAUAAUUAUGUACGUACCCUUGUACUUUAAAACAUAAUAUUUUUAUAAAACUUUUUUGUACAAUGUGCUAGGGUUGUUUAAUAAAACAUUUUAUACUUCAUAUCUGGAGGUUGAUAUUAAUAAGUUCUGUUAUUGAUGUAACUGUUGAUUAAGUUUAAUAUGUUGUGUUUAAUGCAAAUUUUUAAUGUGUUAAUUUGUGUUAAUUUAGCUUUAUAUUUCAUCUUUGAUUACCUAAUAAAAAA